AUGGUUGCAAGUUACGUGUUUCCACAUGGUGCCACAUCACCGACUACCGAAGCCACACUUAUUUUAUCUUCUUCUCCAUCGUCUGCUGCUGCAAUUGAAAAAACUAAGCAGCGUCAACAGGCAGCAAUGCUUGAUGCAUGGUUAUCAAUGCAUGGCGAUAAUCUUUACCCUUGUCGAGAAGAGAAAGAACGUUUGGCAAAAGACAUGUCGAUGACUUAUAUACAGGUGAAUCGCUGGUUUGCAAAUCGACGUCGCAAGCAAACGAAACGUCGGAAGACGGAAGCUGGGUCACCACGAUCACUUACGUUAUCAUCAUUAUCAUCUGCAGCAAGCAGACACGAUGCAUUGACUAGGUUAUUGGAAUCAGAGCAGAGCUCAAAUUGGCCAUCAAAAUCACCACCUGGUUAG